AUGGAACGUGGAGAAGCCUCAUCCAGGAGAAAGCGCACCAGGACUGCUGCCAGAAGAACUCCUGUCACCAACAUGUUGCUAGUAGAGGCACAUCAACAACGACUGGCAAAUAUCCAACAAUUUGCCUGGUAUCCUAUGCUGCGACUGGAUUUUGAAAUUUUAGCUACAUUUGGCUGGGAGCAAGAUGUUAGAAAGUUCAUCCACAACAUAGGAUGGGACUUUCUGCUCCAUGAGCCACCUACUCGGAUCCACCGCACUGCCACAAUGGAAUUUCUUGCCUCUGUCAACAUGAUGGAAAUGCCAUCCGCAACUCCCGGAGUGCCACCAACUCAAGUUGUCUCCUACUGGAUGGAGGGAGCCUACCGGACCACUGUUCUGGAUGACUUUAAUGUCAUAAUGGGUUUCUGCCAACGAGCAGAUACAAGAACACCAGAAUACCGGUCCGCAUAUCUGGAAAAACCUGCUGUUCUCACCACCACUAGCAUGUGGAAAGAGAUCACUGGAGCUCACAACUUGCCAACUCACUUGAAGGGGGCAUCCUUUUCUCCUCCGCUCCGCAUAUGCCAUAAACUGCUCGCCAGGACCCUACACAGCCGUAAGGAAAGCCAGGGGAAGGUAACGCUGGCUGACCUUUUCAUCGUCUACUAUAUGCACCAGGGGCAUAAGUGCAACCCAGGAUACGCAUUCCUGAAGGCCAUAAAGGAAUGCGGUACUCGGGGACCAGUAGGAGCUAUCAUGAUAGCUCCCCUCCUUACCCCUUUGGCUGAGUAUUGGGGAUGCACUGAUGGAGAAGAUCUCCCAGCUGAACUCCAACCAGAGCCGAUCAACGGAGGAGUGUUGACACACAUGAACAUCCUCAGCAGGCAAGGGACAAGGUUCAUCUUAAACCCUAUCAUCUUGAUUUCAUGGGAUAUGCACGACUUCGAUACGCCGCAAGACAUCCCUACUACCUCCGAAUCCCAGCAGCAGUCACGCGAUCCAGACUUCCCUGGCCUGUACCGACGCCUGGACGAGGAGCAUGCAUACAUGGAAGGAGAGUUCCAGUUCAUACGCCAGCAGUUUAGUCAGCUGACUGUUAGGCAAGAUAGGACGGACCGCCAGAUAGAGAGCUUGGUCCAGAAUCAGACGAGGUUCCAGCGCCGCCAACUCCACCGUUUCCCUUCACCAGUACCGUCCUCCCACUCCAGUCCAGAGGCAGAUGAUUAG